AUGACUGAUCCGGACCAGUGCAUCAUAUGCCUGGAGAGUCUGCAGCCCCCGCCCACCGGCGGUGAUAGCACCCAGCCCGCUGCUGGAGGACCCUCCGCAACAGCGUCCGCCUCGAAGCCGUCUGGAGCGUCAGAACACGCCGUCGAGCCAGCAACGCCCAUCAAAGUCGAUCCCGAAUUGCUCGAGUCGGACGAAAACCACCUGAUUGCUACUCUCGUGGGCUGCAACCACAUUGUCCAUGAUCGUUGCAUCAGGAGCUGGGCAAAGAACUCCAACACCUGCCCCAUCUGUCGCACGACCUUCAAUGAAAUCAGUCUGUCAGCUGAGCUAGAUGAGGAAGAGGAGCCAGAAGAAGAGACGCCAUGCCCCAUCUGUGGCAUGGCAGAGCGCCCCGACAUCCUGCUCCUCUGCGAUGGCUGCGAUGCCGCUUACCACACCCACUGCGUCGGUCUGAAUCACGUCCCGGCCGGCUCCUGGUACUGCCUCGAGUGCGUCGACAUAUUCAGACCUGCGGCUGCCUCCGACAGCACGUCCGACUCGGACGUGCAGGCGAUCGCCCCCAGCACGAACCACCGCCGACCAUUUGUGCGCACACGAGAACGCCAGAGGCGUGCGAGGCGCCAGGCACGGUCCGUCGAGUGGCAAGGCGCCUGGGGCCAGAUCGCUGGGCGUAUCUUCGAGGCCACCGAUAUCGACCUUGACAAUUACGAAGACGACGACAGCCUCGAGGGUUUCCGCCGCACGCAACAGCAGCGUGAGCGGGAGUCUCGUGAGUAUCGCGAGUGGGAACAGCGCUUGCAGAUCGCCAGCCGUCAAGGUGCUGGAGAGACAUUUGCCCGAAGCAUCCCCCGCGCCAUAGGCGAGCGCCUAGACAUCGUGCAGCCUGUCCAGGAAACCGCCGAGGAACGUCUCGCGUGGGGCGCCCUGGAUAGAGCUCGCCAGUCUGCGAACAACAACAGCAGCAGCAGCCACCGCACUGUCACUCCCAACAGACGGAAGCGAAAGUCCCGGUCUGCGUCGACGUCUCCCCGCGAAGCCGCCGCCGCCGCCGCCGAAGAACCGGAGCGAAAGCUCAAACGUCCUCGCACUCGCAGAUUGCCGAUUCAGGGUGAGGCAUCGGGGUCGGGGACUUCAGGCCCUGCAGCAGCCGUGGCUGCUGCCCCUGUUCCUGCUCCUGCUCCUGCUCCUCCUUCAGCGACUUCGCCCACCGACCCCAGCAACUCAGCCGCCUCCGCGGCACGGGACCAUCCUCUCUCCAUCAAUGGGUCGUCGAGCACAUCCGUGCCAACCCGUGGCAUCACGACGGCACCGAGUUUUCUCUCGUCCUUGCUGAAAGAGGUCGAAAUGAGCACGCCCUCAGAUGAGGAGAACGCCCGUUCCUUUUUCAAUUCGCACAACGGCGUGGACGCGUCGUCGCCACCGACGUCGCCCUCACCGCCUUCGUCGCGCAACUCACCGCGAGCUCUGUCGCUGACUCCACCACCUUUACCUCGCCCGACAUCGCCAUCCAGUCUCAGCUCUUAUGUGGAGCCUGUGUAUCCGAAAGCGAAUUACUCGCCAAAUCGCCAAGCUGGCGACACGAGCGACUCUGAAAGUCGCGCCCGCCAGCACCGACACACCCAUUCCGACAUUCGCCAGCCUCGGCCCCGGCGACCGGGCCAGCUGCAUCGCUCCCCAACGCGGCCACGAUCCCAGGUCGUCUCUCCCGCAUCUGACCUAAGCAGGGAGGAGAAGGAGCGGGUAAGCGCAUUCGUCAAGUCUGCGCUGAAGCCCCACUGGGACAUUGAAGACCGAAAGAUUACCGCCGAGCAGUACAGCAACAUCAACCGUGACGUCUCGCGCAAGCUCUAUGAUGGACUCCGUGACCCCGCCAUGGCCGAAGACAAGGCGCAGUGGGAGGCUCGCGCCAAGGAAGAAGUGACGCGGGCCGUGGCUGCUCUUCAGCAAGCCAUUCCGGCAUGA